AUGGAUGAGAAGGCACAGCUCCUGCGCUCCGACAGCAUCCACCGACAGUUUGCGAGGAUCCUCGCUGAUGCCCAAAAACAAUAUGCCGACUCCACCGGUCUCGAUCUCAAGGACUACAUGAGCCCGCCCAUGAGAACCACCGAAGACCUUCUCAACGUCGUCAACCGCCAGAAUGAACAGUUUACGAGCUUUCGCGAGAAGCGCCAGACCUUGUUCCAAUGCUUGUCCGCUGCAUGCAAGCCCCUUGAAGUCGUCGGCGAAGCCCUGGCUGGCGCAUCCGAAGAGAUUUUCCCACCUGGCCAGACCAUCUUCGCUGCCGUCAUGUACCUCGUGAACGCCGCCAAGGACGUCUCGGCAUGCUACGACUCCAUCAUCGACCUGUUCGACCAGAUGCAGGACUUCACCAUCCGACUCAAGUCCUACGUGUCACAAAAAAUGUCCAACGAGCUUCACGAUAAAAUCGUCAAGAUCCUCGUCACCAUCUUCGAAAUAUUCGUCAUCGCGGCGCACGAGGUGCGGAAUGGCCGUUUCAAGUCCUAUUUCAAGAGACUGUUUGGGAAGGAGAGCAAGGUGCCUGAGGGUAUGAAAAAGCUGGCAGCACUCACCGAGGGUGAGGAGCGACUCGUUAUUGCAGAGACCAGCGCCGGCGUAAAGCGGUCGCUGUCCAACCAAGAUCGCCUGCUUGAAAUGAUGUCAAGGGUCGAUGUUAACGUCCAGACCCUUCGUGCUGAAACACGCGUGCCCCAGACGAGGGAGCAGGCGCUCUCCUCCAACAGAGAUAAACUCAAGGGCAUCCUGCAGCCCUCAGUAUACCCAGAAGACUCUCUCUCGGCCCUGAACAGGACAAGGACGCCGGGUACCUGCGACUGGAUCUUGGAGGAUCCCUCCUUGAAGGCUUGGCUGGCAGGUGAUAUUCGUUUCCUCUGGGUUGCAGGAAACCCAGGGACCGGAAAGUCGUAUUUGACGUCUCGUCUUGUUUCGUGGGGCCAAGAGCUUCUCAAUAACCAAGAUACCACCAGCAUGAUGGGGUACUUCUUCUUCAAGCAGAACAACCCAGAGUCUCGCUCCAUGACACAGGCCUUGAGAGACAUGGCGUACCAAAUCAGUGAACAGGACGUUUUUUACGGCAAGCAGCUCAUCCGCGAAGUAGCUACCAGCGACGAGAUCAAGACCGUUUCGAGUGCAUUCAGGAAACUGCUUGUCGAACCAUGCGUGCCCGACAGGUGGAAAAGACACAUAUAUGUACUCAUAGACGGCCUGGACGAGGCCGAACCUCGCGAAGUCACCGAAUUUCUGUCGCUAUUGGAUGACCUUAAUCAGCAAUCCGCGGAAUUUACACGGGUCCAAGUCGCACUGAUUGGACGACCAAGCCUCUCGGACGACAUAAACGACUACAUCGGGAACGACUCUACUGGGGGUCAGCAACUCCGAACGAUACACGUUACACCCGACAAAAACAGCUCAGAUAUUGUAUCUUACAUCGUCGAAGGCGUGAAUUCUGCGCGGAUUCUCCGAGGGUCCACCGAGGAUUUCAAAGAGAGUAUUAUCGAGGCAAUGGUUAAGCAGGUCGAUGGCUUAUUCAUCUUGGCCAAGUUCAUGUUAGCAGAGCUCAGCCGCAUACGGCAUCCCAGAAGGAUCAUUGAGAGUCUGCAGUCGUACCCGAAAGAAAUCAACGGUAUGCUUAAGAAGGCUGUCUUGGGAUUCAGCGCAAGCAUCACCCAAGAAGAGGCGGACGAUCUGAACGAGAUUUUACGUUGGGUUUCGGUGGCUGAGAUGGGUCUCACACUGGAACAAAUCGAGGCCGUCCUUACUCUCAAAAUGGGCGAUGCACCAUUUCGCCUCGAAGAGUCUUUGAGAGGACAGUUCUCAUGUUUCUUCACGCUCGAGCGCGAGGAUGGCUUAUCGACUGCGGAUCUUGCCGACCGACAUGAACUUCAUCGCCGACUUUCUCUUAUUGACCUAGACACCGCGAAGAAAACGAGCCCAAGGACAAGCCCGGACUUCUUGGACGUUGACAGGGACAUUGAGUACUUUUCAAACAAAAGCACUACAUACGUAACAUUCUUCCACAUGUCCGUCAAAGAAUUCUUCAGGGAUGACACCUCGACGGAUCUGAGAGCAGACGCCAAAUCUCCCUCCAUUGGCUUUAAGCUGGCCGACGCCAGACUUCACGUCCUGAAAACUUGCCUGCGUAUCUUCACCGACCCGACAUAUUUCACACUAGGCCACGAAGGUCUCUCUCUGCAACGAUACGCUGCGUGGUACUGGCCAGAACAUCUCGAAGACGUCAAACGUUCCGAUAUCUCAGUGGCUGAGAAGGCAGACAUCGGACAGCGCCUUUACACCAUGCUCACGGAUCCCACUGUGCUCCUGACGUGGACCAAUCUCUUUGAGGAGGCGCUGGAUAUCUGGACAGACAAGAACAUUGAGGUGGUCUCCAAGUGGCUAAAAGACCCUGACGUCCUCAGCGGGCUCAGCGUCGAACAGAGAGCAUGGGCAACUGCUGCGUCGUCAUAUCCUGCGCGGCUGCUGGAGCCCAUGGGUGGAAUUUUCUCCAAAGCAUGGGUUGUCGAAGGCUUCGGGAUGUACAUGCCAACCCUGUUCUGUUUCGGUGUGGUGCAGUCCUUGCCUCUGCUCGAGGAGGGUAAGCCAUGGUCAUACUCCGAACUGCACUGGCAGGAUGUUAAGAUCGAAGAAAGAAUCCAAAGAGCCACCGAUUGGGCCAACCACCCCAAGACUGGGCAUUGGUAUCGAAGAAUCGGCAGUACGCUGCUCAAUCUCGGGGAACACAAAAAGGCGCUGGAGUACUUCGAAAACGCACUCAACAUUGAUAGCAACAUCGUGGAGAGUUGUGGUCGCAUGGGACUUUGCCACGCAAUGAGCGGCAAUUUUGAAAAGGCACUCAAGCUUCAUCUCAUGUGCGAAGUCGUAGAACAGGACCACAUGGCCAAAGGCUACUACAAAACUGACCAUGAAAUCAAGAACAGCAAAUGGAGGCUCUACAAGAACCAAGCUCAGAUUGCAGAGUGCUACAACCGCAUGGGUCGUGUGGAGAGCGCCAUUGCGUAUUGCCGAAAAGCCAUCCGAAACGCUUACGAUACUCCUGAAUUUGAACCGGAGGCUGCCUAUAUGAGGGUCCUCGCCGAGAACAACCGCGUCACGGAGAUGAUUGGCCUUUUUGACGAGCUGGACGAGCGCUACGCUUGCGCCAUCCAGUCUGCACACGAUGCGCAAGACUCUCGCAAGGCGUUCUAUCUCCGAAACUCCCUCGGAAAUGUUUACAUGGCGGCGCAGCAGUACGAUAAUGCCAUUGGAAUUCAGGAGAGUAUUUGCUUUCACGACUACAAAGCCAGAGGCAGCUUGGCUGUGCGUAUCGAGUAUAUUGCAUCUUUUAAACAACUUGCAAGAGCAUACUUAUUGAAAGCCCUCGAGGCGGAUGAGACACUGCGAUCUGAUGCAGUCAAUCCCUGGAUCGUCAAACUCGAAGAACUUAUGGAACAGCAGCGCAAGUACCAAAAUAGAAAUGUGCCGCUCCACAUGGCUGGCUUCGACUUCAACGAAGCUUCAAUCUACCUGGUUCUCCUUUAUCGCCUCCACAAACAAGAAAAAGAGUCGCGAAGACUGCUGUCGAAGUUGGUGUCUGAAACCUUGGGUCUAUUGGAAGACGACGAGCCGCAGAACGACGAGAUCAGUAUCGCCAACCUGCAGCGAACCCUGAUCGCGGCAGGUGACACGACAAACGCGCAGGCACUCUGGCAGUCUGCGAGAACACCCCCGGCAGCAACAGCUCUCGCUAGCCACUUGAUCGGCGAAAGACGCUCAAGUUCACCCAAAAUUGGUGGUCUGUCUCCACGGAGACACACGAAACAGAUCACACUGACAAAGAUUUUCACUGAGAGCAGCGAUUUCUCUUGCGAUCAUUGCCUCAAGCUGUUUGCGCCUUCCGACAAGUUCGCAGUGUGCUGGUACUGCAUCGACUCCAAGUUCUGCUUACCAUGCCUGGCUAUUGUCAAAAGCCAGAAUUUCACACCUGGACACACGUCUCCGUGCAAGCCGAGCCAUGAAUGGUUGAUUGUGCCGCCGUUGCCGAAGGACCUCCAAGCCGGAGAGAUUUUCGUGAAUGGGCAGGUGCAGAAGCUAGACGAGUGGAAGUCAGCACUACGGCAGAAGUGGGUGCAAUCGAAACCCGGCACGGGGCUCGGUAUUUUCUAG